AUGAGAACACGGAGAAAAGUUCGUGAGCAGCUCCGGGUAACUUUAUCCAAACCUGAGCGCUGGAAGUGGGACAUGUUUUUAAUACCACGAUGUUGGAUUGUAGCUGUUUGUUUAUACGCUGUCCUCCCUUGCUGCUCUUCGGUGCAUGUGUUUGUGCGUGACGAGAAGCGAUAUGCCGUGCUGUUCCAGUCGGUGGUCCUGCCCUGUCAAUACAACAGCGUCUCCACCCAGACCCCAGUGGUGCAGUGGGUCUACAAGUCCUACUGCCGCGACCGCACCAGGGACUCCUUCAGCUUUUCUGACACUUUAGGAGGGGGCGUGGCUGGGGGGGUCAGCAGCACCGGGAUGGGGUACAAUGGACAUGGCGGAUAUGGGACACAUGGGACACACGGGACACAUGGGGGAAGCUAUGAGACUGGGACGGCGAGUUACCUGGACUGUGCAGACAGCAGCAGGACGGUGCGCACUGUGGCCUCGGUGUCGGGGUCGUCCAUUACUCUGUCGGAGUACUACAAGAACAGAGAUAUCUCCAUCACCAACAAGGCUGACCUGCGCAUUGGAGAGGUGCAGUGGGGGGACAGUGGUGUGUACAUUUGUAAAGUGAUUAUUUCGGACGAUCUGGAGGGACAAAAUGAAGCGUCUGUGGAGCUACUUGUGCUCGGGCUCUCAGCCGUACCUGAGGAUCUCCUGCCAGGCUUUGAUUUGAAGAUUAUGCCAGAGUGGGUGUUUGUGGCGGCCGUGGCGCUGGGCUCUGUGCUCUUCUUGUUGCUGGUGGGGAUCUGCUGGUGCCAGUGCUGUCCUCACUCCUGCUGCUGCUACGUCAGCUGCUGGUGCUGCCCGGAUACAUGCUGCUGCCCCCGCCACUUGUAUGAAGCAGGUAAAGGCAUAAAGACUGCCCCCUCGUCUCCAAUCUACCCUCCAUAUUUUGUCACUGGGGUCCCGGCCAUGGUCCCGAUCGCUCCCCCGUCUCUGGUUGAUAAGGCGUCUGUGUCAGUUCCUCCAUCAGAUGCCACUCUUGUCACAGUGCCGGUCCACACGCUGAACGCCUCGUACAGUGUGGAUCAGAACUCUCUCAGGGUGCUGCAGUAUGUAGAGAAACAACUGGCUCAUUUCAACCCCGCCAGGUCAACGAGCCUCCACUCGAGCAGCGCCUCUGAGCUCAGUUCUCUCCACGAAGGCAAAAACAACUUCAGAAAAACCUUCAGAAAUGUACAGAAGAAAGCUCUGCCGGCAAUUCUUGAUGUGGACUCGCGGCUGGAACCCGAGCAACAGCGGCCUCAUGGCAACCCACCAUCACCUCAGCGCUACCAAGACGACACGCCGUCACUGACACGUCACCGAGACAGCCCCGCUGCGCCGUUGUCACCUCAGCACUACCGUCACAGGCCUCCGUCGCCACAGCGAUACCACAACAACCAUCAGAACCCGCCUUCACUGGAAAGACACCGAGACAGUCCUGCCUCUUCACACCGUUUCCAUGACAACCCACCACGGCGCUACCAAAACAGGCCGCCCUCACCACAGCGCUGUCGGAAAGACCCUCCGUCACCGCAGAGGUUCACAAAGGAUCCACCGUCUCCAAAGCGGUUCAGGGGUGAACCGGUCUCCGAAACAAUCUUCAAACAGGACAAGCCCCUGGUGCAGCGACGCUACAGUGACGACCCCCCGGCCCCGGCACACAGCCGCAAAGCAGGGCCCAAAGUGCAGCCGGAGCCCAGAGAGGCGGAGCACAGGUGGAAUCCACGCUCAGAGCAUCUCCAGAGGAAGACGUACCGCUCUGGGGAACGGACUGUGUCGUUGGACGAGCUGGAGGAGUUUGCCUUUUCAUAUUCACAGAGACGAGGCCGAGGAAUGGAGAAGGGGGCAGAGGAGCAGGAAAACUACCAAGAGACUGACGAACGCAAUGCUUACGACAGCAGACUCACACAGCGUUAUCACACCGAUGAAACCCAUAUGGAACUCACCAAUGCCCGAGAGGACUAUCCCAGGGGAAAGAACAGGCGGGACAUCAGCCCUCUGGCAUCACCCAAAAAAAGGAGAGGGACUUGGGACACUGAUUGCCCUGUACCCCAUCCUCCCCCAAGAGUCAGCCCGCCUUCAUCAUCCUCCCAAGAAAAAGACUAUGACCCAGCUUUUCUCAACAACUUUUUGGACCGAAAAACAAAGUUACGAGGAUUAGGCCUAGAGAAGAGCAUGUUGAGAGGGGAUGGAGGGUCAGAUGCACCCUCCAAAAGCAGCUGCACCCCAGGUAGCGGGGAGGGGCACAGGCACUCCCCCAAUAACAGACCGGACGGAGACUCGUUGCUGUACUCAGAUACGGAGCGGAAGAGGAGUCAAAGUCCGCCCUGGAGACAUGUCCCGGUGAACUGUGGGUCCCCUCAGCCCUCAGCUCUGGUCCAGCCCGGACGCAGAGAUGACACAAGGGAAAAGCCAAGAAAAAUGAACACCCUUCUCAGCCGGGACUCGCUCAUCGUCUGA